UUGUGGACUCAUUCCAUGGAAAAAAUAAACAAUGUCACUGAAUUCAUCUUCUGGGGCCUUUCCCAGAGCCCAGAGGUUGAAGGAGUUUGCUUGGUGGUGUUUUCUUUCUUCUACACAGUGAUUCUUCUGGGAAAUCUCCUCAUCAUGCUGACAGUGUGCCUGGGCAACCUUUUCAAAUCUCCUAUGUAUUUCUUUCUCAACUACUUGUCUUUUGUGGACAUUUGUUACUCUUCUGUCACGGCACCCAAGAUGAUCGCUGACCUGUUAGCAAAGAAGAAAACUAUCUCCUAUGUGGGGUGCAUGUUGCAACUCUUUGGGGUACAUUUCUUUGGUUGCACUGAGAUCUUCAUCCUUACUGUAAUGGCUUAUGACCGUUACGUGGCUAUAUGUAAACCCUUGCAUUAUAUGACCAUCAUGGACUGGGGGAGAUGUAAUAAAAUGUUGCUGGGGACAUGGGUAGGUGGGUUCUUACACUCCAUUAUCCAAGUGGCUCUGGUAGUCCAACUACCCUUUUGUGGACCCAAUGAGAUAGAUCACUACUUUUGUGACGUCCACCCCGUGCUGAAGCUUGCCUGCACAGACACAUACUUUGUCGGUGUUGUUGUGACAGCCAACAGUGGUACCAUCGCUCUGGGGAGCUUUGUUAUCUUGCUAAUCUCGUAUACCAUCAUCCUGGUGUCCCUGAGAAAGCAGUCAGCAGAAGGCAGGCGCAAAGCUCUCUCCACUUGCGGCUCCCACAUUGCUGUGGUCAUUAUCUUUUUUGUUCCCUGUACCUUUAUGUACAUGCGCCCUGACACUACCUUUUCAGAGGAUAAGAUGGUGGCUGUAUUUUACACCAUUAUCACCCCCAUGUUAAAUCCUCUGAUUUAUACCCUGAGAAAUGCAGAAGUGAAGAAUGCAAUGAAGAAACUGUGGGGAAGAAAUGUUUUCCUGGAGGCUAAGAGGACGUAA